AUGUCGGUCGACCACGACCAAAUCCUCAUUGAAAGCCUACGCGACACGAUCUCUCGACUUGAGCAAGUCAACACCUCCAAAGAUCUUCAACUCGCCGCGAAAGACGCGCAACUCUUGACGAUCCAAGAGGCUGGUCAGCGAAAGCUCGAACAUAUCGCCCACUUGGAGAGGGAGCGCCUUUGGACUGGCAUUGCAGACUCAGACCCGCAAUACAACUACAGGAAGCUUUACAAGCCGGCUCGCUGCACUCUUCUCCAGCAGAAUCGUCGGAACCUCAUCGAGACCAAGCUAGCUGUCACCAUGGCUGAACUAAACACAGCGAAAGCCGAGAGUCAGCUUUCCCAAGCCAAGCAAGUCAACUGUGAGCGAGAAGUCGAAGACCUGGUGAUCUGGAAGGGCAAGAUCAGUAAGAAUGUCGAAGAUCUCGAACACAAACAUCAUGAGCUUGUUGAUACAGUCGACGAACUGCAGGCUACGGUACAGGGUCUCAAAAAGACAGUGGGAAAGCUCAAGAAGAAGGAAUCAAAACUGACAGUGAACAUCGAAAAGAUGAACUACAACAAUCAGAACAACAUGUAUCACGUCAGCGCGCCUUCAUCCCAAGCAUCAGUAGAUGGAAAGCCAAAACGUCCUACAAUCUCAACGACAGCGAACUCUACCCGAAAGCGCCCAGCCGAAGAUAAAGAUUUCGCACCGCCAGCUAAACGUCCGGAUAUCAAGGCGAAGAAGCCACAGACUCGUCCUACUCAUGACCAAAGCAAUCAAACCGCCGUUAUGAUGCCAGUCUGCAGCACUACUUGUUUCUACGGCCGCCAAUGCGCGAACGCAGCCUGCGCAUACGUGCACAAGGAGCAGAUUGCUGCGUUUGGGCUUCUCAAAAUUGCCUCGCUGCCAAAGAAGCCGCCUGGAGGUGGAGCGAGGAAGGAUGUGCACGUAAAUUUCAAGAAUAGCGGGAAGAAGAAGAAGUGA